AUGACGGCGCCGCGGGAAAAGCCGAAACCCGAGGAACCGUCGGCGGAUGAGAUUUUGGCGCAAAAGAGUAAAAAGGAACUCGCGGCGGAGAUGGAAAAGUUGCGAUUGGUGCGCGAGCGACGGGAGCAGCAGCGCUUGGCGAGACUGGAGGCGGACGGAGGGGUCGAUCGAUACGCGCCGGGGGCGGGGAAGAAGGCGGGCGGUGGUGGUGAUGAGGAUUCGGACUCGAGCGACUCGGACGAGGAUUCGGAGAGCGACUAA